AUGGCGUCUGCUACUGACUUGAAGGAAGAACUGAACUGCUCCAUCUGUCUGGAGGUGUAUACGGACCCGGUAACUCUGAGAUGUGGUCACAACUACUGCCGAGCAUGCAUCAAUCGUGUGCUGGAUAGUCAGAGGGGACAAGGUGUCUUUACCUGUCCGGAGUGCAGAGCGGUGUUCAAGAAACGUCCCUGGCUGCAGAAGAAUGUCACCCUGUCUAACAUUGCGGAACGCUUCCACUCUACUUUGCCCGACCAGAAGAAGACCGGCCCCGGGGGCACCUGUACUUACUGCAUUCACUCUGCCGUACCCGCCAUCAAAUGUUGUCUGCACUGUGAGGCUUCCUUGUGUGAAAGUCACCUGAAAGCCCACAGCAAGGCACCAGAACAUGUCCUGAUCGAGCCCACCACCUCACCGGGGAAGUGGAAAUGCUCCAUCCAUAAUAGGACCCUAGAGUAUUACUGCACCGUGGAUUCCACCUGUGUCUGCAAGUCAUGUUUGCAGGAUGCCAAACAUCGCGGGCACCAGGUCCUGGCACUAGGUGAUGCCUCCAGGGACAAAAAGGAUAAACUGAAAAAGACCCUCACACAACUCACCUCCAAGAGAAAGGAGAUCGAGAAAAGUCUCCAAGGUCUACAGGAGAAGAGAAAAAAAGCCAACGACGCCGAAACCGCCCUCACGGCGCACGUGAGCGGCCUGUUCCAACAAAUCCGCCAAAGACUGGAUGUUCUUGAAGUUCAGACCACUGACCAGAUCACCAAGCAAGCAGAAAUGAAUGCAAAGCCGGUCUCUGACCUGAUCCGACAGCUGGAAAUGAAGAAGGACGAGCUGUGUAGUAAAAUUUGUCACGUCGAGGAGCUGAGCAACAUGGAGGACCCUCUACCGGUCCUAAUGGAGAAGGAGUCAACCAAAGCCGACUUCUGCGUUACCGACAAGGGAGGGCGCCACGAUGGCCCCAAAAUAGCAGCAAUGGAUGACAUUUUGAUCUCUUUGAACUUACACAAGGAAUUAUCCGACAUAGUGAAGAAGGCUCCAAAAGUGCUCAACCUUUCCGAGAUAUCGGACUUACGACUUGACAGGAAGACGGCCGCCAGUAACGUGGCCGUUUCCCCCGAUUUAUCCAUCGCACACGGGACGCAGGAGAAUGACUCUGUUGACGACACGGACAACAGGUUCGAGUCCCACCAGGUGUUAAGCAGAACUGGGCUCAGUGGUGGUAGACAUUACUGGGAAGUUGAGUUGUGCGACACCAAUAACUGGAGGAUCGGGAUGUCCUACUACUCCAUAGACAGGGAGGGAGACGAGUCUAUCUUUGGGAAAACAGACGAGUCGUGGUGCUUGUCCAAAAGCAUGAGGGGAUAUGCCUUCAGGCAUGAUGACGAUCAUGUGUCUGUAUCCUCUUCAUUUAAAAGGUUUCAAAGGUUGGGAAUAUACCUAGAUUUCAAGAGGGGGCGGCUCUCCUUCUACAACUUGGAGCCGGAGGUUAGACACUUGCACACUUUCUAUAGUAAAUUCAGGGAGCCGCUUCAUGCCGCCAUCAGGGUCAACUGGGGAGUUUGGGUGAAGAUCGUCAACUAA